AUGCCAUCAAACGUCCUGAAAAAGGUCAAAAGCAAGGUCAAAGACCUGAUGAAGAAGGUUGCUGCCGUUGUCAAGCCCGGCACUGAUUGUUUCGAAACGUCCAGACUGCCGUCUGUCACUCAAAAGUUCCGCUCGGCAUUCAUGACCAGCCAUCACUGUUUCCAAAACUUCCCUCUCUCCUCCCACACACGUCUAUCCGCAACCGCUUUCCAACACCUGCUCUCCAUUCAACCCUCAACAUACUCAAUCUUCAUGUGUUUCGGUCGCCGCCACUCGUCCAUCUACUCAACCUCCUCCUCAUCAAGCGACGAGGUCCCUGCCCGUAUCAUCGACGUUCCUACAGUUCGUCGCACCAACUCUCCUCGUUGCGCACCUGCUGGCCAUGCCUACAACCAUGCCGCCGAAGCUGCUUCUGACAGUGCUGGUGCCAACGUCAAGAAGGCCCACGACAAGAACAAGGCUGGCAACGAACCUAUCAACACCAAGCCUGGAAACAAGCCUCAGCAGACCAAGAAGUAG